AUGAUUGUGAUUACAAAUGGACGUCGACCUCAAGGCUUUUCGGUACCAACACCCAAGAUAGUCUAUGUACCACAGGCACAAACUAUGCCCAUUGCUUUUGCAAAUCCUGCAACAAGAACCGUACACAAUACACCUCAUUCAGCAACAACAUCAUCACCAUCAAAUACUGGUCAAAAAAAUGAUGUAACAACUCGUUAUUGGGGUCCUGUUGCUGUCAAAGAAUUAAUUGUACAAAUAACAAUUAUAGGUGAUGAUCUUGGUGAAAAUCAUUUUGAUCUUCAAAUGCCUAGUGGUGGAGUAGAUAUUUUCGAUGGAUGUUCAAGUCAAUUUCCUAAAGUCAGUGAACCUUUAUGGGGUGCACAGUCUGAUGGUAUUCGUCAACGAUCAUAA